AUGAAUUUAUUAGCUGAUGUAAGCUACGGUGAAUUAUGCUCAGGGCUAAUUGCAGCAUCUAGUCGUGGGCAUGCAGAUAUUUGCAAGCUAAUAUUGCAAACAGAUCCACAGGUAGCUAAUUAUGUUGAUCCGCAACAAUGGAAUGCACUACGAGCAGCGGCAUGCAACAAUCACGAUAAUGUUGUCGAUCUUCUCAUACAAAAUGAUAUGGAAGUGGAUGAAUGUGGUGAAGGUGGACGAACAGCACUUCGAGCUGCAGCAUGGAGUGGACAUGAACGUGUCGUACGACGUUUGCUGAAAUGUGGCGCAAAUGUUGAUAAACAGGAUGCUGAAGGUCGUACGGCACUAAUGGCUGCUGCAUUUAUGGAUCAUGCAAAUAUUGUUAGCAUACUUUUAGAUAAUGGUGCUACACCAAAUAUAACUGAUAAUUAUGGGUCAACCGCACUUCAUUUAGCACUUUCAUCCGGUACUCAAAGUUUUGAUCAUAAUGAAACUGUUGCGGUACUUAUAAAAGGUGGAGCAAAUUUGAAUAUAGAAGAUAUGAAUGGCCGAAAUUGUUUACAUAUUGCUGCUUAUCAUGGUGAUCAAAAUAUUCCAACAAUUAUUGAUUUUAUUCAAAAUAUUGAUGCUCAGGAUCAAAAUGGUCGAACUUCAUUAAUGCUAGCAUCAAGUCAAGGUCAUCUGAUUGCAUGUCAACAAUUGAUCGAGAAUGGUGCUGAUACGGAUGCUAUCGAUGAAUUUGGUCGUACAGCAUUAAUUAUAGCUGCAAUGAG